AUGCCUAAGAAGAAAGCAUGUAAACCGAGCAGGGCCCGCGCGAAAAGACCCAAGCAGCAGCGUACAUACGCACAAGAACAGACCCAGGUACAAUCCACAACAACUGAGACUACGAACUUCGUAUUGCAGCAGCAGACUCAGGAGCUCACGCAGUCGCUCCUGCUAGCCUCGAUCUCUUCCAUCCUCCACCUAAGGGACUUGAUUAACCCUGCCUGUUUCCGGCUGACGCACUUCGAUGUUGAUUCUUCCGAACCAUGGUCAUAUGAAGAUUGGAAAACCGGCAACGUGAAGACUAAGCAUAACAACCACACUCAGUCUAUGCAUCUUUUGCAGAGAGAGGGGAGUCUCAAGGCAGAAACGUUCAUGGAUUAUCUCGAAAAUGGCGCAUUCGAUGCUAUCCAAAAAGGCUUUCUCCGUGCCUUUCAGUUGAAGAUAUUCACGGAUCCUGACCACCAGGAGAAUGUCCUGGAGACACACACCCUGCAUUUCAGUUACCAUCGCCCCGCUGGAACCGCCAAUAAAGAAGUGGCCGGAGUUGAGAUGGUCGGCCCCGAGGGGAAACACCUUAGCCUCGUGAACUUGAAGAUUGGUCUCGCAGAAUUCGUCCGCAGCCUUUCGACGUACGUGGACAAUCUUCCAGAGCUGCCAGAGAAACGAUAUUUCAAACCAAAACUGUUUUACACGGACGAUUGCCCAGAUGGGUAUGAAGCCCCUGGAUUUUCCGCGCCGAAAACGGCUGCCGUCAUCUUCCCCCAGAAUGAAGAGCUGGUGAAAAAGACCCACCGUCUAGGUAAUUACAGUGGAGGGUUUCACAGUGUCGAUAUGAGUAUUUCUCACGUACAGUGGUUGGAUAAGAGCGAUGGCGCCAUUCCUCCCGAAUCGGAUUUGGUGUAUUCGAAACAGGUCUCCGCCACACCUGAGAUGGUCACUCAAACUGUGGAACUGGAAGCGCCCCUCCAACACCAAGCAGCAUUCGACACAGGCCGCCUUGCGGAGACUUCUCGGAGAGCAACAAAGCUCAUGAGCCAACCGCCCCAAACCCAAACCCAAGAAGCUCUUCCUCGAUCCCGGUCGUCCUCGGUAGAUGUGGAUGUUCUUCGCAGCCGUUUCAAAGCACGGCCAACGAUAUCUGAUUUACCUACAGAAGGGCCCACGAUCGCUCAGAAGGAUAGUGGUGUAUACAACGAAAGGCAAGCGUUGGGUGGCUUGCUUGCUCCCGGGAAUGCGACAAACCUUUACCGCGUUACCACCUUUCCAGAAACGCCACGCGUGAAGGAAUCAUCCAAGACGAUAUCGGAACGAGAAUCGUCAUUGCCAGCUCCUGCCAUAAUCAGUCAGACCAUAAGACGAGAUGGCGUAUCCGUACUUGAAGGCAAUUCGGUUACCAAUGCAACUCAUGGGGACCAAGUGCUUCAGCGGAAUGCAACUCAAUCGGGGCUUGAUAGCCAAGAUGGAUCGGAAAGGUUAAUACUGAAAGACUUGAGGCAGAAACCAGAAUCCCAAGCUCACGAUACCCAACCUAUGGGGUACAACAAUGCGGCUACCGAAGCUGCAAAUGCCAGUAUUCAAGAACACAACAGAUUGCGACUCACUCGAGCUAAGAUCGAGGAGCUCAAUGAAAAAAGGCGGUUGAGAGAUACAUGCGGCUUGAGAACUCAAUCUGAAAAGAACAAAGUCGGUAGCACAGACGUAAUAUCUUGUCAAUGUGGAUUGAACCAAGAGGAGGAAGACAACAUGGGGGCUUCGGAUACCCGAAUCCCUCUCGAACAUGCGUGCUAUCGCUGCUUAGAGGACGUUGUAGAAUCUGGUGGAGCACGGAGAAGGCUCAAGGAGCUCAAGAACUUCACACUUCUUCGCAGAGCCAUCCGCACUGUUGAAGAUAACGGAUUCCAUGACGAGACUUCAUUCGCCCAGGCAAUUGGAGGCUGCAAUCUCCAAACCGCUUCUGAUGUGGUUGCAAGACUUUUAUCGGAGAAGGCAGUAUUCAUGUCAGAUUCUGGCAAGAAGAGCGUUUUCAACAAAGCGAACGAUUCCCGAUGUAAGGUUGUCACUACAGAGCCGGAGCGUUCGGUGAUGAUGAACAAGUUCUUCAACCCUCUUUACAAUGUCGAGAACUAUGUGAGUAGAAGACAAACCAUGUGCAAUACAAAGGCCGAAACUGACCGAGCUGGAAAGUAUGUUCAAGGUGACCACGGUGCUUCCCAACGAAAUCGCGAAGCGCAACAAUCUGUAGAAGCCACCUCACAAGAAAGUCAAGGAGAUCGCGUUGCGCUGUCCCAGGCUUCAGACGGCGGUCAGCCCAGAAACACAUCUGGAGAGCGCGCGGGUUUGAUCGGCCGUUCUUCUCUUUCAGAAAGGAGCCAAUUUCGUCUCAAAUCUGACCUCAAGUUGAACAAGGGCCCCAAGAGUGAUGAUGCGAGAAAAAGAAUCUCGACAGACGGUUUGAAUCCCCCACGUCCCACCAAACGCAUUUAUCAUGCAUCUCCUAUGGUCUUCACGCGUGGUAUGAGCGCAGAUGCCUAA